AUGAAGUUCGGUCUCGUCCUUUCCGCUGCCGCCCUCGCUGCUGCUGCCCCUGUGGCGGAGCCCGAGGAGGUUUUCUCCCGCCAGGCAGCUGAGAGUAUCCAUGAAGCUAUGGUUGCUAAGGGCAAGCAGUACUUUGGUACUUGCGCCGAUCAGGGCCGUUUGUCUCAGGGCUCUAACGCUGCCAUCGUCAAGGCCAACUUCGGUCAGGUCACCCCGGAGAACAGCUUGAAGUGGGAUGCUACUGAACCUAAUCGCGGCCAAUUCAACUUCGGCCAGGCCGAUUACCUCGUGAACUUCGCCACUCAGAACAACAAGAUCAUCCGUGGCCACACCACCGUCUGGCACUCUCAGCUUCCCAACUGGGUCACGCAGAUCCGCGACAAGAACACCCUGACCGAGGUCAUGAAGAAUCACAUCACCACCGUGAUUGGCCGCUACAAGGGCAAGGUCCACAAAUGGGAUGUCAUCAACGAGAUGUUCGAGGAGAACGGCAACUUCCGUGCGUCCGUCUUCUACAACGUCCUUGGAGAGGACUUCGUCCGGAUCGCCUUCGAGACCGCCAGAGCCGCCGACCCGAAUGCGAAGUUGUACAUCAACGACUACAAUCUCGAUUCGGCCUCCUACGCCAAAACCCAGGGCAUGAUCCGCAACGUGAAGAAGUGGAUCUCCCAGGGAAUCCCCAUCGACGGCAUCGGCUCCCAGGGCCAUUUGACCUCUGGCCAGGGUGCCAACGCUCCCGCCGCCAUGGCCGCCCUUUGCGCUGCCGCUCCCGAGUGUGCCCUCACCGAAGUCGAUAUCCAGAACGCCCAGACCUCCGACUGGCAGGGCGUCGUCAAGGCUUGCAUGCAGCAGAAGAACUGCGUUGGUAUCACCGUUUGGGGUGUCCGUGACAACGACUCCUGGAGGCCUCAGGGCAACCCGCUGCUCUUCGACUCCAACUACAAGCCCAAGAACCACUACACCACGGUUCUCAACACCAUCAAGUCUUCUUAG